UCAGUACGUACGUGCGCGCUCCGUAAAGCUAGACGCGUUUCUUUCCAGAAACAAGAUGCCUCCCGCGCGCCCUMGCCUGUUGGUUUCUGCUGCUGAUUUAGGAAUGCCACCCAAGGACAACAGCUACAGCGUGUAGGAGGAGCUAACGACGUGUUUCCGCUAAAGAGCAGGCCGAGACRGUGAUCUAUGCUGCCGCACUGAGAGUUACCAGCAACCGGACUGUCGGCAGCUACAGCAGAAAACUCUUAAAACUUACAAACAAGUUGUUUCAUYACCGGGAAGCUGCGGUGUUUCGUACCGGGGUGGGGGAGAGGAACAGAGCGGCAGCUGGACUGUGAGCAAUGGAAGCCGAGUUUUGGGAAAUCGACGAAAAGGGGAGCUGGAACUCCGUUUAUCAGGAGAUUCGCCGGAAGUCGAGGGAAUCAUCCUGCAAUGUGGCAAAAUUACUUGAAAACAAGAAUCGGAACCGUUACAGGGACGUCAGCCCCUUUGACCACAGCAGAAUACGCCUGCAGCUGGGUACAAAUGACUACAUUAAUGCCAGCCUAAUAACUGUUGAAGAGGCACAGAGAAACUAUAUUCUUACUCAGGGCCCCCUUCCAAACACAUGUGGCCAUUUUUGGGAGAUGGUGUGGGAGCAGAGGACCCGCGGUGUGGUGAUGCUGAACCGAGUCAUAGAGAAAGGAUCCAUUAAAUGUGCUCAGUAUUGGCCACAGAGAGAGGAAAAAGAAGCAGUGUUUGAAGACACAAACUUCAAGGUUAAUCUUGUCUCAGAGGACAUCAAAUCUUACUACACAGUCCGACAACUGGAGCUGGAAAAUCUGUCUACUCAGGAGACACGUGAGAUUUUACAUUUUCACUACACCACCUGGCCUGACUUUGGAGUCCCAGAGUCUCCCGCCUCCUUCCUCAACUUCUUGUUCAAAGUGCGAGAGUCGGGCUGCUUGAAUUCAGAACAUGGACCAGUGGUGGUGCACUGCAGCGCUGGGAUCGGACGCUCGGGGACCUUCUGUCUUGUGGACACCUGCCUCCUACUGAUGUCUAUUCGUAAAGACCCGUCUUCGGUUCGUAUUCGUGACGUUCUACUGGAGAUGCGAAACUAUCGUAUGGGUUUGAUCCAAACUGCAGAUCAGCUUCGCUUCUCUUACCUUGCUGUCAUUGAAGGUGCCAAGUACAUCAAAGGAGACACAUCCCUGCAGGAGUCAUGGAAAGAGCUCUCAAAUGAGGAAGAUGAUCCUCCGGAGCUCACCCCUCCCCCACCUCUCCCUCCUCCCAGAGACCCUUACAAUGGCAACAUGGAGCCAUUUUUUUUCUCCGAUGAGGAGGAGCUCAUCCAGUGGAUGGACAUUUCCAGUCUGGGGUUCUCACAAGACGAGACAGAGCUGCGUAAGAGGAUCGUAGAUGUCCCUGAGCCGCCUCCUGACGAGGCUGAUCAGCUGGAUGGGCACGUGGGAAAACCAAGUCCUAUUUCCACAGGUCUGAACAAACCCCAGCAGGAGGAGCUGGAGUUGUCUGAGGAGGAGCAGCCGAAGGAGAGCUCGGCUUGGUCCCCACUCAUGGUUAACGUCUGCCUGUGCACAGCGCUGGCGGUCAGCGCUUACGUUUGUUACCGAGCCUAUUUCCACUGAUGUCUGUCCUUCCUCUUCCUGUUUUUUUUUUCUUUCUCUUUUUUUUCUUUUUAAGAUCAACAAUGUUGCAAAGUGGACUUGGCUGACGAAUCAGCCUGCAAGCGAGACACGUUUAGGUUCAUCAGUUCUAAUUUUGUAAACACAGUGAGAGAGCGGUGUUUGGCUGCCAAUCAUGACCCAAACAUUGUGUCUGUUUGCCAUCUUGGAUGCUCAGGGCUUCAGUAUUUCAGGUGCCACAUCCGACUGAAUAAUGGACUGAACAGAAAACACACAAUCCAAACCUGCAAAAAGAAACGAGUUUGCAUCAAAGCUGCUGCUCUGUGAACCAGGAUGAAAGCCCCCUCUGCCCAUUUUUAUAUGCAUCUACUUUCUUAUUUACCAAAACGACAGUUUUGAAUGUGUUUUUACAUUAUUUUGUUUUUUUCCUACUCAGCUCAUGUGUCCAGUAGGAUUUGACUUAUUUUUCUAUUUGAUUACAUAAAUGGUUUGACUGAUUUUGUUUUUUUAGGAAGCCAGUCUGAAAACAUGCCAGUCAUGGAGAAUUUUGAUUAUCUUUUAUUAUGGGUCAAAAUAAAACCCAACAAUUAAAAGGGAGAGUUAAAAAAAAAAGAAAAGAAAAUGAUAAUGUGCCCGUUGAUUGCAUGCAGAUGUGGGCAGUUGUCUGUCCACAUUAGUCGCCUGUGUUUGGCUGGUUGAGUGUGUGUUUUGUGUAUCUGUACAUUUGCAUAUCUACUCAUGUCUGCUCAGAGAGAAAUAUAGACGCAGCUU